UAACCCCCUGCCUUUUUUCUCCUCGAGCCUAACCCUUUCUCUCUCUCUCUGGCGCGCACGGAGAACAAACCCUAACCCCUUCACCCAGCUGUCAUCAUCUCAGCGCCCUCUCUCCCUUGAUGGGGACGACCCCGCACCGUUGAGAAGGGCACUCCAUUAAACCAUGUCAUCUUUUUGGUUCUGGUCUUCAUCUUCUUUCUUUUGGUCUCGAUUUUAAUGGUGGAGGAACCCACGAAGAUCCCCGACCAAGCCGGCGGCGAGGUGCCGAAGGAGGAGGCUGAGGCCUUCCACAUUCGGACUCUCGCCGCCGUCGUCGGCAGUAAUGAGAAGGUGAAGGAUGCGGUGAUCUACCACUACACGGAUGCUGCCAGCGGGUUCUCUGCCAAGCUCACUCCGAAGCAAGUCAAGAAAUUGUCAAAGAAGGUUGGUCGCUUGGAUUUUUCUUCUCGCCCUUUUUGUUGGCAGCUAGGUUUUCAGAGAUUCGAAAAGGAAGAAGAUGAAGACCAAAUGAAGAUGAAGAUGAAGGCUUUUUUGCUGGCAGCUGGGUUUUCAGCUGGGUUUGCAUUUCUACUAUAAUUUGUAAUUAUGCUUUCUAUUCCUACUGUAAUAGAUUUUCUAUUGUAAUUCAUAAAAAAACAAUAAAUUGAGCAUUUGUUGUUGUUCCUGUGCUAUUAGAAGAAGCAGAAUCAUGUUGUUGUAAUGGAGAAUGGAUUUCUUGUUAAUCACUAUCAACAGAUUUUUUUCUCUAAAAAAAUUAAUUAGGUUUUUUUAUUUUUUAAAAAAUAAUUAUUAUUGCCGACACUUUAAAGUGUCGGUAGAGCUUUCAAUAUUUGCUGACGCUUUUGAAAAACGUCGGCAAUUUAGUUCUCCACUUUAACAUA